GGUCCGAGUUUCGUCAUGGAACCGCCGUCGAGGAUGGAAUUUUCAAAUUCGAGCGGCGCCUGGCUGGACUGCACCGCGACAGGAAGCCCGCCGCCCAACAUCGAUUGGUCGACCGCGGAUGGACAUCCGGUGAACGACGUACCGGGCGUGCGGAGGGUGCUCAGAAACGGCACGUUGGUCCUCUUGCCGUUUCCGGCGGCCGCGUUCCGGCAGGAUGUGCACAGCGCGGCCUACAGAUGCUUGGCGAGCAAUUCCGUGGGCAGGGUCCUCAGUCGCGACGUACAGGUCAGAGCAGUGGUGGCUCAGGCAUACAAAGUCGACGUGGAAGUGAUCGGGGGUGCAUCAAGAGGAUGCACGGCGGUGUUACGAUGCGUCGUUCCAAGCUUCGUGAAAGAUUUGGUACGCGUGGUCUCCUGGCUGCAGGAACCCUCGUUUUACAUCUACCCCUCUCUACAAGGAGAUGGGAAAUUUCAUCUGCUGCCUACCGGUGAACUCCUGGUCCACAGUCUGGAGUUCAGCGACCAGAUACACGGUUACAGGUGCCGAACGAUGCAUCGUCUCACCAGACAGGUCGUCGUAAGCUCCGUGGCGAACGUCAGGAUAGCGGAUCACAGAGGGGUAAUGCCACCGGUGAUUCUUGAAAAUUCUGGCGUGGUUCACGUCGCCCAAGACGAAUCAACGUCGUUGGUCUGCGUGGCGCAGGCCUGUCCCACUCCCGAAUAUCGAUGGUACGCACAAACUGGUUCCGAGCCAAUGCUGGUACUCUCCGGACCAAGAACCAGAUUGCUCGGUUCCGUCCUGGCCCUCGAAGCUGUGACGUUAGAAGAUAGUGGAAUUUAUCGUUGCUCCGCGGCUAAUCCCGGAGGCGAAGCCAGCGCCGAAAUUCGGCUCAUCGUUACUGCUCCGUUGCACGUGGAAGUGACCCCGCCGUUGCUCAGCGUCCAUUUGGGCGGUAAUGCCGAAUUUAGAUGCGAGGUCAGCACGCAUCCGCAAGCAGGACCUCACUUUGUUACUUGGUACAAGGACGGUCGGCAGCUGCCGGGAACUGGUAGACAAUCGGAAUUAUUGAGGCUCAACGGUAUUGGCAGAGAAGAUCGUGGAAUGUACCAGUGUAUAGUCAGACGGGCGGAAGGCGACACUGCACAAUCCGCCGCCGAACUUCAAUUGGGCGACGCACCACCCGUGCUGCUGUAUUCGUUCAUCGAGCAGACGCUGCAACCUGGACCCGCAGUAUCUUUGAAAUGUUCAGCCGCAGGGAACCCUACGCCUCAGGUUUCUUGGGCCCUGGACGGUUUUCCCCUGCCAACCAACGGAAGGUUCGUCAUAGGUCAAUACGUCACAGUCCACGGCGACGUUAUAUCGCACGUCAAUAUCAGCCACGUGAUGGUGGAGGAUGGAGGAGAAUACUCUUGCACGGCCGAAAAUCGAGCUGGAAAAGUCACCCACGCUGCACGCCUCAACGUUUACGGUCUUCCAUAUAUUCGACUGAUCCCGAAGGUGACAGCCGUCGCGGGUGAAACUCUGCGAUUGAAGUGUCCAGUGGCCGGGUACCCGAUCGAGGAAAUCAAAUGGGAACGAGCGAAUCGCGAGCUACCGGACGACCUUCGCCAGAAGGUGCUCACGGACGGCACGCUGGUAAUAUCGAGCGUACAGAAGAAGGGCGACGCGGGGGUGUACACGUGCUCGGCGAGGAACAAACAAGGACACAGCGCGAGAAGAUCCGGCGACGUGGCAGUGAUCGUUCCUCCCAAAAUUAGCCCAUUCACGGCAGAUCGUGAUCUACACCUCGGCGAACGAACCACGUUGACUUGCUCGGUGACAAGGGGCGAUCUGCCACUCUCGAUCUCCUGGCUCAAGGACGGACGAUCGAUGGGCCCCUCGGAGCGUGUCAGUGUCACCAAUAUGGACCAGUACAAUAGCAUACUGAUGAUUGAAAGUUUAUCUCCAGAUCACAAUGGGAACUACUCGUGCGUGGCCCGUAAUCUGGCCGCAGAGGUAUCGCACACGCAGCGGCUUGUGGUUCAUGUGCCGCCGCGAUGGAUCGUGGAACCAGCGGACGUGAGCGUGGAGAGAAACAAACACGUCGCCAUGCACUGUCAAGCGCAGGGCGUGCCGACUCCCACUAUCGUUUGGAAGAAAGCAACGGGAAGCAAAUCCGGUGAAUACGAGGAGUUGCGCGAAAGAGCGUACACGAAAAUUCUCGGUAACGGUACGCUGGUGUUGCAACACGUGAAAGAAGACAGAGAAGGAUUUUACCUUUGCCAAGCCAGCAACGGCAUUGGGAGCGGUAUCGGGAAAGUGGUGCAGCUGAAGGUGAAUUCAUCCCCAUAUUUUGCGGCUCCUUCGAGGCUCGUUACUGUGAAAAAGGGUGACACCGCGACGUUGCAUUGCGAGGUACACGGCGACACGCCUGUCACCGUCACUUGGCUGAAGGGCGGAAAAAUCGAGUUAAACCCCUCGACGAACUAUCGAGUUACAGUGAAACGGGAGGUCACGCCAGACGGUGUAAUAGCGCAGUUACAAAUUUCUUCCGCGGAGGCGUCCGACAGCGGAGCAUAUUUUUGCCAGGCGAGCAACCUUUACGGUCGCGACCAGCAGCUGGUGCAACUCCUCGUGCAAGAGCCGCCGCAGCCACCGAAUUCGUUAGAAACCGCGAUGGUUGCCAGCCGAAGUAUCAACGUGAAAUGGCAGCACAAAUCUCAAGACACCAGCGAAGUGACGAAAUACAUCCUGCAAUACAAAGAAGGCGACGGUGGAAUGUGGCAACAGCAAGAAUUCACCGGACCACCCCUCCCGUACGCUGCCCUUAUAGACGAAUUGAAACCAGCUACUAGAUACACGAUACGUGUAAUUGCCGAAGGGCCAGCUGGUAGAUCAGUACCGUCCGCGGAACUGGUUGUCAGAACCGAACCACAAAGACCGGCUGGACCUCCGAUUAAUCUUGCAGCCAGAGCUCUGUCCUCCUCUGAAGUCUUAAUCACUUGGUCGCCGCCGUUGCUUGAACUACGACACGGUGACAUUCAGGGAUUCAACGUUGGCUACAGAGAAACGAGCUCCACGAAUCCCUCGUACAACUUCAGUUCCGUAUCCAGCGACGGCGACGAGGGUGGCGCAGAACUUCGAUUGACAGGCCUACGACCCUACACAAAGUACACCCUGGUGGUUCAGGCGUACAAUCAAGUCGGUUCUGGACCUCUAUCCGAACCGUUGCUCACGCAGACGUUGGAAGACGUUCCCAGUGUGCCACCGGAAGACGUAAGAUGCGCCGCGCUAACUUCGCAGUCCCUUCAAGUAUCGUGGCAGCCACCCCCAAACACGCACAGUAACGGUAUCAUUCAAGGAUACAAAUUACAUUACGAACCGAUUUUGGCGGAUAUUUGGCGCAGCGUGGACGAAAUGGAAGUACGUAAGACCAGCGCUUUAACCACCGUGCUCACAGGGUUGAGAAAGUACACGAACUACACUAUUCAAGUGCUAGCAUUCACCAGAAUCGGGGACGGAGUACCCACUACAGUAACUUACUGCCAAACCGAAGAAGAUGUGCCGGGGAGUCCAGCGGACAUAAAAGUGGUGAUCAGUUCACCGCAGGCGCUCUUCAUCUCUUGGCUACCUCCCCUCGAACCGAACGGAGUCAUUACGAAAUAUAAUCUAUACACAAGAGUCGUGGACGGCAGGGAGGAACUGAAUCACGGUAAAAGAACACUGCCAGCAUCGAGCACAUACUUCGAGGCGACUGAUUUACAGCAACACGUAGAGUAUCAAUUUUGGGUGACCGGUAGCACCCGCGUAGGCGAAGGUCAAAGUUCCAGGGUAGCCGCGCAGAUACCCACGAAUCGCGUACCGGCGAGAAUCACGUCUUUCGGGGGCCACGUGGUGAGACCGUGGCGAGGAUCCGCCACCCUGGCUUGCAACGCGGUCGGCGAUCCGACCAGAGCCUGGUACAAAGGGUCCACCGAGCAAAUUCGUACAGACACCACCAGGAACGUGCAGAUCCUGCCGUCCGGAGAGCUCGUCCUCUCGAAUCUUCAGUCACAAGACGGCGGAAAUUACACAUGUCAAGUGGAGAACUCUCAGGGCAGCGACAAGUUGCAUUAUACGUUGACUGUACAGGUACCGCCCAGCGCGCCCGUUCUUUACGUAACAAGUUCCACGUCUAGCAGCAUAUUGUUACAUUGGAAACCCGGGCACAGCGGAGGCGCUCCACUCACAGGUUACACCUUACACUACCGAACGACCCACGGCAACCUGGACGAAUUGCAACUGUCUCGUCACGCCACGAGUCACGAACUCAAGGGUCUCCUGUGCGGAAAUACCUAUCAGCUGUACCUGACGUCUCACAACAAAAUCGGGAGCAGCCCGUCUUCGCCGGUACUUCCGGUCCGAACUCAAGGCCAGGCGCCAGGAUUACCACCCGCCGCAGCAUUCCUGAGCCCAAACUCGACGACGUUGGUUCUCCGGCUGCACGUGUGGCCCGACAACGGCUGCCCGAUCCUCUACUUCGUGAUCCAGUACAGGCCCAUCAACGAGUUCCACUGGACGCUGGUGUCCAACAGCGUGAAAAUGCAAAGACGGUUCGUCGUGACGAAUCUACAGCCUAGCUCUGUUUACCAGUUGAAGGUAGAGGCGCACAACGUGGCUGGGACCAACCAAGCGGAGUUCACGUUCGUCACGUUGACGAAGGAAGGCGAACUAUCGAAACGCGGAAUCGCGUCGGCCGUGCCGUUUUACGCGGACGUCAAGGUGAUGCUGCCUCUGAUCGUCGCCACCGUCGCGUUGAUCGUCGCCGUGGUGAUCGUAGCUUUUCGUUGGAGAAAUAGAUACCUCGGAGACAGGGUUCAACGGCCCAUGAAAGAGACCCAGGAGAACCAACAGAACGCAGAGACCCAAAGGGAGCGUUACUACGCCACCAUUCACAAGGUGGCCUUGCAACAGGCGGCAAAUACAGGCGGAGGGCCUGACAAGAUUCCAGAGACAGCGGAGGACAUCUCGCCGUACGCUACGUUCCAGCUUUCGGAGGGUGGCGGGGGAAGCCUGGCAGGGUUGGGAGGACUGGGAGGACUGGGAGGCGCGGCGGAAGCCUCAGCGGCCGGUCUCCACCCGAACAACACUCUUCUUCACAGCUUCAUGUAUCACGAGCACGCCAUGACCGAAGGGUGUGCGAGCCCUCCACCUGCCGCGGCGAGUAUGAAAAGCGUUUCGUCGAGGAGACGGCAACAGAGAAAGCAACAAACUCCGGGCGACGUCGAGAGCGACGAGAGCGAGUCUGACCCGGAUCAACUAACGAGCUCUCGCACGGAGUCUUCCAAUCAGCUGGAUCCAGGCAAACUCAAACACAUUCGGGCCGUUUCCGACUUCAUUUAUCACGGUACGUCGAGCACUUCAUCGGACAUCUCACCCAUGUCGGAACAGAAGUCGCUUCCUCGAAGAGGACGAUCUAGCAGAAGCUCGUUACGCACACUGUUACCGCCGAUAUCGGUUGCGGAGACCACGUUCAUCGGUGGGAAUCAGGGGAACGUCGUGGCGGGGAACGGCGAUCGCGCCGAUCGACCGGAGCUCAGCGAAGCCGAGUGCGACAUCGACUCCUUGAAGAAGCUGAAACUCGGCCUGAGGAGCUCCCUGUGGUCAAGGCCGAGCACCCAAAAUAAUCCUUCCUCCGACUACUCUAUCGCCGUUUAAUUCCACCUUUCACCA